GAUCUUGAGAAAGGUUUGAGGCAGCGGCGGUCAGCGAGCACAGGACGCUGACGGUGUUGGGUGUGACAAGGGGUGUGAAGAUGAGUGCAUCGUCAUUCAUCUUUGUUUGGCUCGUUGGAGCCGUUGCCUUCGCCACCGUCGUUCACCGAGCGGCUGGUCAGCACAACCACAACCACAACGGCAUGAAUGGCAUGAAUGGAAUGAACGACACCAAUGGCGGGCAUGGCAUGGACCACAGCUCACAUGCUGGCGGACACCCCAUGUUCUUUCGAACGGGAGGUUAGCAAAUGGGAUGCCUGGACGAGCGAUGGAAGGAUCCUAUCCUGCCUUCUUGACUUGAUGUGUGUGUGUGUGUGUCUGUGUGUGUCUGUUCUGUGGUGGUGCAGUUGAGAACGUCAUUCUGUUCGAGGAGUGGAAGACCGAAAACGGAGGCCAAUACGCCGGCGCGUAAGGCAGGCAGCACAAACAACAAUCAUGCCGCCCACGCCCAUCCAUGCCAUGCGGCUGUGGAUGUGAUGUGAUGUGUGCAGCAUCUUUGCGGUCUUCUUCUGUGCCAUCUUUGCCGUGUUUGUGCGGCUGUACCGUGGGCAAAUGGAGAACUCGUGGGAGAGCAACAAGGAGGCCUUCCCGGCGCACACGGCCGCCCGACUGGCGAUGCGCUUCAGCCUGGCGUUCCUCUCCUUCACACUCGACUACGGCCUCAUGCUGGUCAGUCAGUACAGCCAACCAGAUCUAUUUGUCGUCGUGCUCUUCUCACCAUCUCUCUCUCUCUCUCUGUGUGUGUGUGCGUGCGUGUGUGUGUGUGUGUGUGUCUUUGUUUGUCAGAUUGCGAUGAUCUUUGACGUGGGUUUGUUCUUUGCCGUCGUGUCGGGCCUGGCCGUGGGGGUGAUACUCUUCACGGACCUCAUGAAGGUGCCCGCAUCCAAGUCCUUCAGCACCACAAAGAACGAGGGGUGCUGCGAUGUGUGAUGUGAAUAGCAGCCAGGGAGAGAG